AUGCCAAGAUUUAGCGCUACUUGCGCUAGCGCUGUUUCAUGUGAAUCGGGGCGCACCACCAAAGUCGACGCUACUGUGCGAAUCAGAGAGUCCGGAGUUCCACUGGAGUUGAACGAAGUGGUCGCUCUCAAACUGGGACACAAGAACGCUGCGCCGCAAAUCGUGGGAUUCGACAACAACAACAACUUCGUCUGGGGCGAUGGAGUCACCGAUGCACUCACGAGCAAUGAGAUGAGCCCAGAGGACGUCAUUGAGGUGUUCAAAUUGUCCUUGUACAAAGCUCAUGCGACCUCGGAGAUUGCGGAGAGAGUGAACAACCAGCUUCGCCGACUGAACACGACCAAGGAGGAGGUGAUCAGCCUGCUCAUCAAAGCUGUCGUCCAGAAAGCGGGAGUGCAGGUUGAGGAUCUGCGUGGCAUGUGGCGGAGCCUAGAUGGCACGGGCAUCGAUGAGGUACCUGUGGAGCUGUUUCUCAGCGUUCCGGACAUGUGGAAGGCGCCCGCCAACCGAUACAUGACCAUUGCGGCGAAGAUGGCUGGAGUUGCUUCAGUCCAGCUGGUCACGGAGUCCUUGUGUGCAGCAGCAUACUUCAUGCAGGACAUGCAGAAGAGUAAGAGAACAGCUCUGAGACCUGGUGAUGGAAUUCUUGUGCUGGAUGCAGGUGGAGGCACGACCGACAUCACCUGUUACGAAAUGCCGAAGUCCGCCAUCGCAGGAGCCGAGACGAAACUGCAACGCACAGGAAUCUCUGCCGGUGGCCUUUGCGGCUCUCACUUCAUCAACGAGAGAUUCAUCAAGUGGGUGAGAGCGGAGGCUGAUAACAACCUCGGCGGCUUUGCCAUGCGCGUGGCCAGCCUGGGCUACGCUGGCGCUCCGUAUGCAGGCUUCUACAGAGCAGCCAACGAAGCCUUUGACCGAAUCAAGCCAGACUUCACUCCAGCAGCGGCGAACAGCGGUACCUCCAUCUGGGUCACAAUCAAAGGCAACCCGCACUCGCCAUCGAGAACGAGUCCGGUCUGGCAAGUCGAACUUCCUUGCACGCUGAUGAAGUCCUUCUUCGACACGGUGAUCGACGACAACUUCCGCCUCGUCGCUCCCUUGAUCACGACCAACAUCAAGAGAAUCAUCGUUCCCGGCGGCCUGGGAAACUCGCAGUACUUCCGAAACGAGCUCCAAGCACGACUCCAACCCGCCCAUCCUACUCUGAAGAUCAGCGAGGGCGACGCUCUGCUUCUGACCGGACAACAACCCGUCAGCGCUGGCGCUCUGCUGCGAUACAACAAGCUGGAUCUCGACGCUGCUCCGCGCGUGGGCUGCUUCGGGGUGGUGACUGACGAGACGUUCGAUGCGACCAGACAUCCGGAUGGCAUCAUCAAGGCUGGUACUCUUCUACCGAACAAGACUGGAGGUCGCCACCGGAAGACAGCCAAGGACAAGCUCAACCGCGAUAUCGUCGUUCGGAGCAGGAUUAAUGAUGGUGGCGAAGAAGCGCUCAUGCGGUGGGAUCCCAUCCUGCGUUCGGAUACGGGACCAUUCUCUCGCAACUCCAACAAAGAGAAUGUGAGCGGCACAUGGCAGACACGCUACAUCGACGCCAGGGACGUGAAGGAGAAGAAAGCCCUCGAGUUCCAGCUCUACUGGACCGACGACACAAGCAUUGUUCCGGGCUCGGCCAUUUUCGAGGGUAAUCCCAUGGACGGAAAGCUCAAGCCUGAAGUGGAGACUUGGGGUCCUACCAUUCGCGUGGCUUGUCCGGACCUCAAGGGAUUGGGAUUCGACACCGAACCAGUGGCGAAGGUUCCAGUCUAUCAGAUUGCGUACAUGGUGGAGGUGAAGGAGCGCGGCCCAAACUGCGCGGUCAAGGUGCGGAUGGUCUUGCCUACCGGAAGACAGCCCUUCGACGAUUUGGGCAAGCCCAUCUUCGAGCCAGGCGCCCUGCCAAAGGAUGUUGAGAUGCUCGAUAUUCUGGAGGAGCCAAUGGAGGAGAACGGCUUCCAUCCGUUCACUCGGAACUGA